AUGUUCGGAGCCCUGAACCGCCUUAUCAGCAGCCUCGAUGCAGAUACGUCCUCCACGCAGUCGCAUAGCAGAGACAACGCGUAUGGCUUCCAGGUGCUACGGAACAAGAACCCGGAUCUACCGUUAGAGCCGUGGUUCGACUUUAUUAUUGGAAUAAAUGGGCACAUUAUAGACGAAGCAGACCCGAAUCUAUUUACUACAGAAGUACGCAAUUGCGCUGGAUCAAGCGUAUCGUUGGACCUCUGGAGUGCUAAGGGUCAACGGACACAUCAAGCUGUUGUGCCGAUACCAGCAUCAAACCCGUCUCUCGGCGUAACGCUUCAGCUGGCACCGCUCUCCUUGACACAGAAUAUAUGGCAUGUCCUAUCAAUACCGUCGCCCCAGAGCCCUGCUUAUCUGGCUGGCCUACUACCACAUUCAGAUUAUAUAUUAGGGACACCGAGUGGGACGCUUCGCGGGGAGACUGCGCUUGGUGAGCUCGUGGAAGACCAUUUGAACAGAAGUCUGACUCUGUGGGUAUACAAUAACGAAUUCGACGUGGUUCGAGAAGUUGAAAUCGUUCCUAAUCGUAACUGGGGAGGUGAGGGGGCUCUAGGUGCAGUUCUAGGUUACGGUGCACUUCACAGGCUACCUUUGGCCCUGAGUGAAGAAGUGCCAGGACCGGGAGAGGUUGUCUUUGCAACAAAAGAAGAUGGGCAUGACACAGGAGCCAACAUCAGUAACCCUGUUAUGCCAGUGUCUGAACCCCAAUUCCUAAUCCCCGCUAACAUAGUCUCGUCUGCGGGUGCGCCCAAAAAGCCAACACCGCCGACUAAACAUGCACGGAAGAACCGUCAUGUUGAGGCGCCUUCGUUUGAUGACUACUUUAAAGAAGGCGAAGAACGGAGUCAGAAAGAGGACUAUAUACCUGCUUCUAGGACAGCGCCGGUUGCGCCACCUCCAAAGGCCGGGGGUGCUGUUUCAUCACCGUCGCCUACCACGACGCCAGCACCUCCUACUGAGGAUAUAGGCAGGCCUCCGGAUGAGUAA